UCGACCGCUUUUUCCUACUGCGUACCUAGAUUCCCCUGUGUUACGGAGUUUUUCAGAGCAUAGCCUUGCAUUUCCGGCGAACGGGCAUGACGACAUGCUUAAAAGGUUUCCCGGUCUCUCCCCAUGCGUUACGCUCGGGGUUGCAGCGGCAUCAUCGCGCGCAUCAUCGUCUCUUCCCCCCCGCAGUCCGCGCCACCAUGCGUCGCCGUCUCUCGUCGACCCACCCCCACAACCACCACUCUGCCCCCCACACCGCCCGUCGGCACCGCUUUUUCCUUAGUCUGUCUCUCCCUCUUUGUCGAGCCUAGCCUCGCUUUUACGACCACCACUACUACACCCGACCGUCUUGCUUUCUUUUUUGACGUCACGAGUCUCCUUGUGUACCACAACCUCUCACUACUAUACCACCACGACGGACCACCUUUCCUUUAGUUUUUGAAUUGUUGUUUCGCCUGCCUGUGGCGUAAAAGCGCAGGCAGGGGCAUGCACGGCCUAUACCACCACACCACUACUACGCCGACCUGGCAACGUCUCUCCUUGACUCUGUCUGUCUGACUGUUUGUCUGUCUGUCUGUCUUUCUC